AUGGUUCAGUUACAGAGCACAGAGGAUGGUGUCGGUGUUGGUGGCAGUAUGGACGGCCUGAACCCAGAGGAACUGGAGUGUAAGAUCUGUUACUGUCCUUACACCCUUGGUAGCCGUCGGCCCAAGGUGCUCGAGUGCUGUCACCGCCUUUGCGCCAAAUGCCUGGCAAAGAUCUUGGACCUGGGCGAGUCUCCGCCAAAUGCUGUAGUGUGCCCGUUCUGCCGCUAUGUCACCGCGCUGCCAGGGGAGGUGGUAAGCAACCUGCCAGAUGACUGCAACCUGGUGACGGUGUUGGCCCUCCAGAGCAGGAACCACAGGAACCUCCACUACCACCAGGAGGGGACUGCCGAGCUCCUGCUGAGUCCCAGACGCCUCAACUCGCUGAUGGGCAGCACCUCAACAGCGUCUCCUUCAUCUGUUCCCUCAGUCACCACCCCAAAUACAACCACUACCUACUCCUCCAUCCGAGGAUCCCCCAACUUUGUGGUCAUAACCAUCAUGGAGCCGCCUCCUGUUCCUCCACCGCCCCAUAUAUCCACCCAGGACUUCAACCGCCAUCAGCCACGCCGGGACUACUUCACAUCCAGUCUGGAUUCCAUGGCCUCCAUCACGCAGAGGUGGACGGUGUGGAACUGUGCAGCCCUGCUGUGCCAGACGUCGGCCCGGGCGCUGGUGUGGGUGCUUGGGCUGCUAUACUUCAGCUCCCUGCCCAUGGGCGUCUACCUGCUCAUCAUGCAGAGGACCACCCUUGGUGUGCUCCUGGUGAGCCUUGUUCCCGCCAGCCUGGUCAUGAUCAUGGUCUACGGGUUCUGCCAGUGUAUUUGCCACGAAUUCUGGGAUUGUAUGCCACCGUAA